CACUACUUUGUUUCUCUCUCCCCAGUAUGUCAGCUGCCUCCGGAUGUCCUGCAUGGUGAGCGUACCCAAAGGGACAAGGACAUCUUUUGGCCUGGGCAGGAAGUGCUCUACAGCUGUGAGCCCGGCUAUGACCUCAGAGGGGCUGCAUCUCUGCGCUGCACACCCCAGGGAGACUGGAGCCCUGCAGCCCCCAGAUGUGAAGUGAAAUCCUGUGAUGGCUACCUGGGCCAACUUCCUAAUGGUCAUGUGCUAUUUCCACUUAAUCUCCAGCUUGGAGCAAAAGUAGAUUUUGUUUGUGAUGAAGGAUUUCAAUUAAAAGGCAGCUCUGCUAGUUACUGUGUCUUGGCUGGAAUGGAAAGCCUUUGGAAUAGCAGUGUUCCAGUGUGUGAACAAAUCUUUUGUCCAACUCCUCCAGUUAUUCCUAAUGGGAGACACACAGGAAAACCUCUGGAAGUCUUUCCCUUUGGAAAAGCUGUAACUUACACAUGCGACCCCCACCCAGACAGAGGGAUGACCUUCGAUCUCAUUGGGGAGAGCACCAUCAGCUGCACAAGUGACCCUCAAGGGAAUGGGGUUUGGAGUAGCCCUGCCCCUCGCUGUGGAAUUCUGGGUCACUGUAAAGCCCCGGAUCCUUUUCCAUUUGCUAAGUUGAAAACCCAAACCAAUGCAUUUGACUUUCCCAUUGGGGCAUCUUUAAAGUACGAAUGCCGUCCUGAGUACUACGGGAGGCCGUUCUCUAUCAUAUGUCUAGAUAACCUGGUGUGGUCGAGUCCCAAAGAUGUCUGUAAACGUAAAUCAUGUAAAACUCCUCCAGAUCCACUGAAUGGCAUGGUGCACGUGAUCACAGACAUCCAGGUUGGAUCCAGAAUCAACUAUUCUUGUACUACAGGGCACCGACUCAUUGGUCACUCAUCUGCUGAAUGUAUCAUCUCAGGCAAUACUGCCCACUGGAGCACAAAGCCACCAAUUUGUCAACGAAUUCCUUGUGGGCUACCCCCAACCAUCGCCAAUGGAGAUUUCAUUAGCACUAACAGAGAGUAUUUUCACUACGGAUCUGUGGUGACCUACCGCUGCAAUCUUGGAAGCGGAGGGAGAAAGGUGUUUGAGCUCGUGGGUGAGCCCUCCAUAUACUGCACCAGCAAAGAUGAUCAAGUGGGCAUCUGGAGCGGCCCGGCCCCUCAGUGCAUUAUACCUAACAAAUGCAUGCCUCCAAAUGUGGAAAAUGGAAUAUUGGUGUCUGUCAACAGAAGCUUAUUUUCCUUAAAUGAAGUUGUGGA